ACAUUGAAUACUGAUUACAGCAUCCAUCAGUGAUCAGAUCCUUGACUCAAGCCACUCAAAAGUUCAUUUCGGUUUAUUUUUUUGCACUGUAUAGUGAUUUUAUUGUUGAUAUUGUGAUUUGAAAAAUUCAUCGAGAUGUUCAGUCAUUCGAACCGUAGAUUUUUCGUUUUUUUAACGAUGGUUAUGGCAGUUACUCGAAAUUUUUACUCGGUGAAUACUGCUCAAACUGAACCUCCGAUUGAAAUCGUUGACGCUGAAGAAGUCCAAGAAAUCACCGAUGCUCCUACUCCUGCUGCUGAAACUUCAGCCAGGGUCACCGUUGGUGCUGCCUCGACCGAUGCCCCUGUCCCCAUUGAGAGUUAUUAUUGCCAAAAUUCGAUCGAUAUUACUACUGUGGCAUUAUUUGAGAAAAAUGUGCUCAAUAGUACGAAACCUAUCAUCGUUCAGUUCUGGGGAGAAUCUAGCGAUCCUUGUAAAAUCAUGACCGCUCGAAUUGGAAAAGCGAUCGACGAUAAAGGAGGUAAAAUUAAACUAGCCAGAGUCAAUAUAGAUGAUCAUAAGAAAAUCGCAUCGAUAGCUGGAGUUAAAACUGUCCCUAUCAUAGUUGCUUACCGAGGAGGCGAAGUCAUCGAAACAUUGCAUGGAAUAAAAGACGAAAGUGAUUUGAAAAUAUUUGUUGGAAAAUUUAUCGUGGAUUGAUCGAGCAAAGUUUUAGGUUUGUUGGAAAAUGUUCUCCCGGUGGAAGGAUGGUGUUGGUUUAUUAUUCGAAUUUCGAAGACUAUCGCCUUAUUUAAGAAGAAGAAUUUUUGUAAAUUUUAUUUAUUAAGGGUUCAAUUCUUUUGUUAAUGUAGGUACAUUUUUUCACAAUAUUUCUAAAUCCAUUUCCAUUUUAAAUUCCUCGUCCUUUUUCAUUUUUUAUGCCUAUAUGUUUUUGUUCCAUUCUUGAUUGAGAAUUUUUAUUUGCUUGUGUUUUUUAAUUUUUUUUUCCAUAAACGAAAAUGUUUCUCUCCGCAAGAACUAGACGUACGUUUUCGGUGUUAUUUAGUCAAUCGAUUCAAGCUGAGUUGAGCUGAGCGCAUGCGCCAGGAUAUUGCGAAUAAUAACUGAUAAGCGUUUAAUUUAAUAAAUCUUUUCAGUUUUCAAUUCUAAUGAAAAUUAAUUUUAAUUUUUAAUUUAAUAAAUUUUUAACAUGCG